AUGAAGCUCUACCUGCCAAAGACUACUGUAGCCAUAGCGGUCUUGGCUGCAGCUGGAGCUCAUGCGGCUCCUCAGCCCGCAGGUGCAACAGCCACCCAAGCUCGCCCAUCGUAUUCGUUCAGUGCGAUGACCUCUGUGCGAUAUGCCACGCCAAACCCCCGAACAUCCUCUGUGACGACCUACAUGCCGCCUGCUUCUAUGAGCGCCAUCCUGCCCCCAAAACUUGUGACAACCACCUGGAAGAAUGGAGUGGACGCCUCCGACUGGGACAACCCAUACGGCCAAGCUGAGUGGAAUCGGCGGUGGGUACCAUUCAUGCCCAACAUCUCCAUUUCGAUAUUCAGCCUCUCGACUACUGUGGCACCGACACCAAUCCCAUCGACGUCUUUGAUUCUGCCUCCGGACAGCGGUUUCCUGUACGGUGCACUCGAGCCCAACAUGACUUUCCCUUCGCACUUCAUCUUUGGAGAUCUUGUCAUCUGCGGUAUUUACAUUAAUGAAGCGGUGCGUGCUCUCAAGCUUAUCAUCAAAGUGCGCGGUCGCGAAGGCCGCAAAGUCAUCAUCCAUCUACUCUGGGUCAACAUUCUCGUCGUAUUCCUGAACAUCCUACUCCUUCUCACGGAGUACAAGCUACACUACAUCCAAGUCAGCUUCACGACGGUGGUCUAUAGCAUUAAGCUGAAGCUGGAGUUCGCCAUGCUCAACCGUCUUCGCUCGCUCACGCGGACCAACCCCUGCGUCUGCCAGCAGGAACCCACGCAGCGGCGCUGA